AUGCGUUCAAGAACUCGCCUAGUAAUUGGCAGGGUUCGCGCUGUUUUCUCCGUGGAAUAUCCGAGUAUAUGUGCGCCAGUUCGUAUCAGUACCUACUACCCAGAAGCGUCCCCGCUCACCGCACACCGUGAGCCUACUGCUCAGUACGAUACGAUGGCAUGGAGGUACACACUAGUAGUCCAAUACAUGCAUCUUUGGCCCGUGAACUCUGCACUAGCCUGCUGCACCGCAGAUCAGCAUGCGCUACGAAAGCCAUGA